AUGAAACCGUUUUCACCUAAGCAGAGCGGCGCUGCGCAGAGCAGAGCAGCGCGACACAGCAAAAUUUUAAUUCCUCGUGAAGCAUUGACUCGCAGCAUUGUCGCUACGCAUGCGCGGCUCUGCUUGUUGACGGACAGAACUCAUUCAAAUGUUUCCGAAAUAUCGCAAGAUGUCAGUGAGGACGAUGAUGUCGAAACUCAAGUGGAAAAUAAUACACAAAGCCAGAGAGAAGACAUGUGCGAAUAUUAUGAUGAUGAAAUUAUUACAAAUCUUCCACGUUCCAUUUCACAGCCAAACACACCAUUGUCUUGUUCUUCAAGCGUGGAUAUUUCAAGACCAGCAUCCCGUGCUACAAGUGUAAACAGUGUCGCGCGUUCCAAAAAAAUCAAACAUGCAGCCAGAAAUGCUGAAUCAAUACCGGAAAUAUUAAAAGAAUAUGUUGAUGAUAAAAAACGUAGCCGUUUAGAAAAGCAGGCCAAAGAUCAAGUAACACCAAUAAAUGAAAACAGGCCACUAAUAGAAUUUUUUGUUAAUAUGGGCAAAACUACAGCUACAUUUCCCCCAUUGUGGCAAGCUUCGGUGAAAACUAAAGUGUUUCAAAUAGUAAAUUCAUACGAAUUACAAAUGUUAUCAAAUUCUUCGUUUAAUCUGGGAACACAAACUCCAAGUGAAAAUCAAAUACUGACUCACAAUCAACCACCAGUGCAAGCUCAUCAGGCAGUACCAAUUCAGCUACCAACGCAAAUUCAGUCACCUAUGCAGAAUCAACCACCUCUACAAACUCCAGCCAAUGUCAAAUCAAACCUCUAUACAAGACGAAUCUUCGUCAUUUUGUGA